AUGUCAAAGCGAAUUGCUUUACUUAAAAAGGGAAGGAAAUUAACAAAAGAGGACGUCUAUACGUUGAAUGCUCGAAUAACAGUUGAUUUCGAAGAUAAGAUUGAAGAGCUAUUUGAAGAAACUGAACUAAGCAGUGAAAUAGCUAUACUUAUCAUCGAAGGUUCCGCAUACUAUGAUGUCGAAGAUAAUUGCGGUAAUUGGCUAAGGAUUUUAUGUGAAUACGGCGAUUUAUUGAUUAUCCCAGCCGGGAAACUUUACAGGUUUACAACAACGACCGAGAAUUUCGUCAAAAUGCGCCGCUUUUUCAAAGCUGACAAACAUUAA